UGGGCUUAAUUAAAUGUAUAACAGUUGUUGACAAUGAAAAUUAAUGCAUACCAACAUGAAAGUUGCCAUUCCAGGUCAUCAUCAACUGCUCCCACAAGAGAUAAUGUUAGAGCCCUUUUCAUUUUACCAAAUCCACUUCGAAGUUCAUUGUUUGAUUAGACUUUUAUGAUUAUUGACAUCUUGAUCAAAGAUUUGACUGACCUGCAAUCUGGUGUAGUUGUGAAAGGGAGAAAGAGAAUGGUUUGGAGGAAGGAAUACCUGGAUGUAGCCUUAGUCCCAAGUGGGUUGCUAAUCAUGCUUUGUUAUCAUCUCUACCUUCUCUACAGAUGCCUAAAAUUUCCUGAGAAGACGGCCAUUGGCUAUGAGAAUCACUGCAGAAAAGCUUGGGUUGAAAAAACGGUGCAGCUUGAGGCUAAGGAUAGAGGUUUUGCACUAGGAGUAAUCAAUGGUACAAUUUCAGCAUCAACUUUCCUGGCUUCAAUAUCUCUAGCUCUGAGCUCUCUGAUUGGGGCAUGGAUGGGUAGCUCUUCUCAUAACAUCUUCACAAGUAUUUUUAUCUAUGGCGAUACAAGUUCAUCCAUCGUCUCUAUUAAAUAUAUCAGCCUUCUUAUUUGCUUCCUGUUGGCUUUUGGUUCUUUUCUUCAAUGUGUAAGAUGUUUUGUCCAUGCAAAUUUCCUUAUCAGCAUGCCAAACACAGAUAUUCCUUUGAAGUAUGCGCAGAAGGCGGUGAUAAGAGGAAGUGUUUACUGGUCAGUUGGAUUGCGAGCAAUCUACUUUGCCACUACUUUGCUAAUGUGGAUUUUUGGUCCAAUACCAAUGUUUGCAGCUUCAGUAACUAUGGUGAUUGUUCUGCACAUUCUUGACUCAAAUUCGAAUCCGUUGCAUCUAUUUGAACCUGCCAAGACUCCUAACCUGUUCAAGAGGAUUGGUGAGGAAGUGAAUGCAGUUGCAAGGGUUCUUGAACUCCAAGAGAGAGCGCAAGGUAAUGGAAGCAAAACUCCAGAUGAUCAGCAAUGAUAAUCACCUUCAAGAAUAUUCAAGGAUACAAAAAGUUAGAAUUUUAACAUCUCCAUGAAUUCAAAAAGCAAGAAAGCUAGACAUUAGAAAAUAGCUCAUUCCCAGAAGUGAAUUAAAAUCCAGAUGCACUCACCAAUUUUUGG